AUGGGGGUUGGAGAAGGAAAGGAGGGGGGAAUCCAAGAGAGCAUGCUCAGUCCUGAGAGACAGGCUACUGGAGCACACAUGUACCUUCCCUGUGAAGGAUACACACUCUCAUGAGCUUUCUACUCUUUUAUGAACACCCCAUGUGAAGAUAUGAACAAGGAGAUGUUGGUGAUUUGAUAAAACUGGUGUGAGGAUUCACUUUUGGACCUUGAACAGAUUUGUACAAGGGAUGCAUUAAGGAAGUUCUGCUUUUGGGGUGCACUUUGACACAAUGGCUCAGUUUUACAGCUGCUUUGGGGACAAAAAUUAAGACAUGAAACGUCGGACGUCAUCGCAGAACUCUGGCAUUGGAGGCAGUCCAAGUGAUUGUGACAUCAUGGCCUCGGGAUCUCCAGACGUCACAGUCUCUACUGAACCAUCAGAAGCUGCAGAAGAGUGUUCAGGGAAAAAGAAGUCCAAAUUCCAGACGUUCAAGAAUUUUUUUGUAAAGAAAAAAAGAAAGGAAAGUCCUGCACCUUCGAGUGAAAGUGGUUUGAAGGUCAGUCAAUCGAGUGACGACGUCAACACCUCAGAGCCAACCAUCAGCCACGCCAACAGUGAUAAUGACCGCGGAUCCAAGAUGAACUUGGGAAGCAAAGCCAUGUCACAUGAUAGUGUCUUCGUGUCUGAUUCGCUCUCAUCAGAGACUAAUGAGGGUCUGGGGGCGUCCCAGGACAGCAUUCAUGGGAAAGUGAAAUCUCUACAGCUGCAGUUGAAGCAGGCGAUUCGUCUGGGCUCUCCGCCAUCACUCCUCUGCGGGAGGAAAGAAGAGGACGCAGGGGCUCUUUCUGAAGAUGAUGGUCUUCCCUGUAGCCCCCCGGAGUAUUCCAGCCUCCACACUGUGCUGGCCACACCUCCUCACACAUCGGUGGAUUUGACCCAGAGUUCCUUGAGCAUGGAUGCUUCAGACAGUGAAGAUGAUCAGAUGUCUUAUGAAGCUUCUUCGAGACCCGGCACACCUCAGGGCUCCGUCCCCGUAGACUUCAGUUUUCCCGCCAGCUCCGUCUCCUGCUUAGACAGCUCAGCUGCCCGUCACCGCAUUGCUGUCAAAGCCAAUGCUUGUGUCAAGAGAAAGCCUGCCAGCAAGCAAAUGUUGGACAAGAGAAGGGACCUGAGAGAAAGAGUGCUACUCAGAGACAAAGAGGACAAAAUGCGGAUGAUGGUCACAAGUAUUGGAGAAGAACAGAAAAAUUUGCCCGGAGAACAGGUGAAUGAUUCAGACGGUGAAUCAUUUGCUUCUGAAGAAGAGGAAGAGGAAGUGACUACUCCAACAUCCUCCAUCUUUGCCGGAGACGUCUCUGAAGGAGAGGAACAUGUUCCUGCUGAGGAUCACGUCCCCAAGUCUGAGGUCCCAGAAUCCUCUUGGGAGCGUCCAGUAACACUCGAGCUGCAGGCCGAUGACUUCCUGUUGGACACAGGAUGUGAGGUCGUUCCUGAGGAGCAGGGGUCACUGCUUGAGGAAGUGUUGAGCUCCCUGAAGAGCCCUCUUGCAUCAGGACUAGCACUGGAGCAUGAGAAUAUGCUUCUUCAGAGUGAGGUGGAAUUCAUAAACAGUGAGAGUGUGGUUUCUCGGCUUGAGGAAGGCAACAAAGAUCUUCUCGAUUCCUCAGAGCCUAUGGUGACCACAAAGGAGCAGGUUCCUCUACCAGACUCGCUUUCAGAGUCAUCUGUAGAUUCAGAAGAGAUCUCCGAGGAGACCACAGAGGAAGAGGAGCUGCUGGAGGUGCCAGAGUCUGCUGAUGCAGGUCACCAAGUGCCUGAAGCUGAUGACGAGAAACAAGCAGACAAGGCUGAAAGUGCCGAAGAGGACGAAGAGUUAUUAGAAUCGCCAAAAGCUUUUGCAGUAAAUGUGACAGAGCAAGAUGAAGAUGCUGUUGAGGAUGAAGCUGAAAUGGAGACAGAAACCAAAGACGCUGGAGAAGAAGAUGAUGAAUUGCCAGUGGUGGAACCUGAGAAAAGGGAGGACUCUACUAAUGAUGUUGAACGUCAAGAGGUCGGAGGUCAGACAGCUUCUCUAGAGCCUGAGAAAGAUGAGACUUCAUGUGACCAAAGAGAAUCAUCUGCAGUCAAUGUGGAGAACAUUCCUGAAUCUGAUCCGACAGUCCGAGAUGAUGUCUGGAGCUCAUCAGAGACCAGUGAUGAGCCUGAAGCCUCUGAAGCUCCGCCAGAGACGCCUGUCGAGGUCCUUCUUUCUACUGUGGCUCCUGUGCUAGAGAGUCCAGUUCUCCAUUCUCAGUUGUCUCCUGUAGAUCAAGAAGAGCAACCUGAGCCCAACAAGCUGGAUGUGUCUGGUGAGCCUCAGGAAGUGUCUUCAGAAAAACUUGAGGUUGUUUCUGAGCAGCAAGAUCAGCAAGUUUUUGAGUCGCCUACAAGAGAACUGACGGGAAUCGCUGAGGUUCGACCUCGGUUCACCAUCACCCCUGCGUGGCAAAGGUCAUUGGCUUCUGGAGGCGCCCAAGAGCAGUCCCAGACCAUCUCAGCGGUGCCACCAGAGACUAAUGCCUCUGAUGAAUCGCCCCAAACAGAGACGCCCCAUGCUCAAGAAGAGACGACCCUAGAGACCCCGUUUGGAGUGCGUUUGAGAAAGACUCCAGUCCUGCACCGCUAUGGUUUAGAUGGAGAAUCGCCUUGGAGCCCAGCGCAAACAGAGUCUUCAGGGGCGCAGGAGACCCUGGACCAUGACCAGAGUGGCCGGAAGCCCAUCCCGCCAAAGAAGCCCGAUCUGCUAGUUGACACUGUGAUGUCGGCCAGAAAAAUCCCAGAUACAGGGGGAAGAAUAUCUGUUGGUAGCACCGAGUCUCCAAGCUGGAUCUCUGUGGCCAGACAGAAGCAGAGGAACUUCAUCGAGAACUCGCCAGAAAACUCUCCAGAGAAACUUCCCUCACAGGGGGACGUCAAAAGACAGGAUUCACCGGACACUUUAUCAAAUCCAAUCGCCAAAGAGCAACUGACACAGCCAUGUUCACCUUUACAAGUGUUCUGCUCCCUUGAACUGAACAACACAUCCACGUUAGAGAAGGAAAGUAAGAGAAGCGCUAACCCGUCCGCUGCACCUUUGGUCCAAGAUGAGCCUCCCUGGCUGGCUCUCGCUAAGAAGAAGGCCAAAGCAUGGAGUGAAAUGCCCCAGAUUGUUCAGUGAAAAGCCCAGCUGGCAAAUGGACUUCAUAAUUCUCCUCUAUAUUUUACAUACACAUGAACAAAACUUUGCUUAAUCAGCCCGGUGUCAUUUAUGUUUUUUGACGUCGUAAAGGAGACGGAUGCACAGUAGACUGGGGCUUAUGGGUAAUACGUUGCAUUUGUAAGUUGAUUUGCAACAAAAUACAUUUACAUUAGUUUAAUCAGACUGUCACAGGUCAGAGUUCAGAAUGCUUCAAACUGAGGAAAACAAUCCUAACAGGUUUUGCAUACAAAAAGAAAAAAACAUUCCAAAAAUUUGAAAAUGAUGAGCCGCCAUCAAAGCUUUAUUUAGUGUUUUUAUUUAGGACUGUUUGGAGACCGUCACUGCUCUUUAUUAAGUAACUUUGCUAUGUUCUGUUAUAGCCUUGAAAGUUAGUAACACAGUUAUCAUGAAUGGAGCUGAAGGUGUCUUUGUAUUUAUUUAUCUCACUCUUGUAUGUUUUAUGUAUUUUUGUAUUUACGUGCACAGUUUUGUGACUUGUACAUAAAAA